AUGACAGAUGACACACACCGCAAGAUCUGUCAGCCCCUCCACCCCGCCAUUCGUGAUAGUCUAGAUCCCCAAUAUGUCGCCUAUCAUGAGGCGCAUCUGCAGUAUAUCGAAAGAGACGAGAUCAGUAGCUGGGACGGCUCAAUCCGUACCAAAAAGCAUUCUCUCCCUCCUGGAGGAACAAAACCUAUUCCCGUAGGGAGCAUCGGCGACCAUGACGUUGCUAGAUUCCGAGUGAGAGUUUACACACCAACAGGCCAAUGUGAUGACCGAGGCUGGCCUGUCCUCGUCUGGUUUCAUGGUGGUGCCUGGGCAGUUGGGGGACUCAACAAUGGCACCGAUCUUUGCUGCUGGGCUUGUGAGAGAGCGCGGUGUAUAGUCGUCAGCGUAGACUAUGGGCUUGCCCCUGAAAACCCUUUCCCAGUUGCAGUCGAGGAUGCGAUUGACGCCGUAAGAUGGGUCGCAUCUCGUCCUACUGAGCUACAGAGGAUAGAUGCUUCCCGUAUUUCCAUCAGCGGAACGUCAGCUGGUGCUAAUCUGGCGAUUGUCGCUGCAUUAUCUGCAUCGAACCCAGAAGUCCCUUUACCGACAGCUCAGCCAUCACUCCCAAACACUAUUACACAUCCUCCUAUAUCAUUGGUCUUAUUCAUACCGGUUGUUGACAAUACUGCCACAGCUGAAGGGGUAUGGAGGCCCAAUGCUGAGACUGCACCCUGGCUUACACCUGCACGAAUGGAGUAUUAUCGUAAGCUUUACUUUACUCGUGAUGACCAUCGCUCUCAAUGGGACGCAAGCCCUAACCUUGCCCCCAAAUCUCUCUUGAGCAAGCUUCCAAAGACGUGGAUCGCUGUUGCAGAGAUGGAUAUUCUCGCACCAGAGGCACUAACUUUUGGAGAGCAUUUGAGGGGGCUGGGAGUUGACGUGGAAAUGCUACUGGUGAAAGGCGGGACACAUUCUAUUCUUUCGCUCCAUGGCGUGAUUGAUAGGGGUUAUAGGAUGAUAGAAGAUGCUGUCAAACACCUACAAGUGACUUUUGGCACGGGCUAA